AUGUUUAUACUUUUAUCCUGGAUAUGCAAUUUUUACAUUGAACAGAGUAAGUUUAAUAUAUCAAAGAGAGAGCAUAAGUAUCAUAUGAAAUUAUAUUUAAGAAAUGUCAGAUUACUGGCAGAAUGUGAAUAAAAAAAUCAUUCAAAUUUUGUAGAAUCAGAACAAUAGAUAAUUAAUGAUGAAGAGAACGAUGAAAAUGUUACAUCCAACAAUAGAAAGGGGAACAAAGAAACGAACAUACAAUGAAGCAGAAGUUCAUUUUAUAAAAAAAAAUUUGAUAAGGAAUAUAAGGAACGAAAAAAAUUAAUAUAUAUAGGAAAAAAAUGAUAUCACUUUGAAAUUAAUGUUUUCAAUAACCUUGAUUACAUAGAUUUUAUUAAAAAAAGGUCGUCAAUUAGCAAUAAGACUUAACAAAAAUUAGGGCGUAAAAAGAUUGGACAUAAAAUGUGUUUACCUACUCUAGCACGCACGUGGGUAUUAUUAGCAUCAUUACGAACUACAAUAUUUGGUUUAUUUAAGAAAACAAAAUUAGAAGAAUAUUAUGAUUUUACAUUAUUUCUUGUUAUAUUAUUCAUGCUAAUUGUCAUGUUCAUGUUAGGUCCUGUUUUUACUUAUAUGAAAUAUAGAAAACAUAAAAGAAUUAUGAAGAAGAUUUAUUAG